AUGUUGCCGAGCAACCAGGGGGGAGGCGAGAGGGAAUGCGAGCGGAUUCGUUUCUCGGUUGUCAUAGCAACUGCCCGGGAGGCAUUCUAUUUCACAGAUGGAAAGCAAGUGAAAGGUACUCCACAAAAGGCAGUAGCCUUUAUAAAUUAUUAAGACUGACAUUGCAAACAGAUCAUAAACUUUGUCUCAAUCUAAAUAGAACAAUUCUUACACAUUUCAUUUUAAAUAUAUAGAUAUCUGCAUGAAUUGUCAGUAAUUGUAAGGUAUCCAGCCUACUUGAUUGGCGCCAGCAUUUUUCUUGAUUCUGUAUCGACUUCAGAUAAUUUUGCAGAUGAGUAGGACUGGAUCUAGUUCAUCAACCUGGUCUCAGAGCAUUUCGUAUUAUUCUGUAUGUAAAUCCGAGACUCCAUUUAGUAUGGUAUGUUACAUUUCGUAUGGUGUGGAUUAAUUUGUGGAUGUCCAUCACCCAUUUCGUAUUAUAUGUUACGAAUUUGCAAAACGUACAAUAUGUUACGAAUUCUAGCUAGGUGGCUAACGUUAGCUAGGCUAGGGGUUAAGGUUAGGGGAAUGGUUAGCUAAAAGGGUUAGAGUUAGAUUAGCUAACCUGCUAAGUAGUUGAAAAGUUGCUAAUUACCUAAAAUGCUAAAGUUGUCUGUGAUGAGAUUCAAACUCGCAACCUUUGGGUUGCUAGACGUUCGCAUUAUAAACCCACCCGACCAACCACCCUCCUUUCAUUUUUGCUUUAAGUAACUAUCUGUCAUAUAUAACCAUACUAAAGGUAACAUAUCAUACUAAUGAUUUUAGUGUUUUGGGAUUUAUGUUUACUAUGUUGUCUAGUCUGAGACCAGGCUGAGUUCAUUUGACACCAAAAAUGAAAUAUUUUAUUUCAGCCAAGUCCGUAGGCUACAGUUUCAAUUAAACAAAGUGUCAAAUUAAUACCACUUUGGGUUGAAAUGGGUAGUUUAUAAUCUGCACCUCAAACGUUUCCAACAGUGUCUAACUGUAGCUCAGCUGGUAGAGCACGGCGCUUGUAACGCCAAGGUAGUGGGUUCGAUCCCCGGGACCACCCAUACACAAAAAUGUAUGCACGCAUGACUGUAAGUCGCUUUGGAUAAAAGCGUCUGCUAAAUGGCGUAUUUAUUUUAUUUUAACUGUCAACAGCUGAUUCGCUGCAAUUUUCUGAAAAUAUAAUUUAGCAAGUUGCUAAGCCUGUUUUAAGGAGAUAUGUUGAUAAACCUGUUGUUCAGAAAGGCAGUAAUAGUUACAUGUCUUACAACUUAAAACCAGGAUUUUCUCACUCUUCAGAAGUAAACAUUAUGCUGGUUACAGUGGUGGUGUCAUGUUAUAAGAUGUAAUGGUAUGACAUUGGAUCUUAACCAGACCAAGACACAUUUACUUGACUGUCAAGACUUGACAGUUAGACAGGAAAUAGCAAUCAGUCCCAAUGAACCCACAGCCUCAACCAGUGUUAUUGUCUACUAACAGAUAUUGGAGAUAUGCUUUUGGGUGCUCUUGAGUAGGAAUGCUAUUCUGAGACUGUCAGAUAGAGCUUUGGGAAUUCAAAGAUAGAGAAGUUCAGCAUUUACUGCAUAAUAUUUUCUAGUUUAUCUAUAAAUAUGUUCUAGCCUUUGUCUGAAAUCAUUUUUUAUAUACUGGAGAAGGCUAUUUACUCCCCCCAAUAGAUUUGAAAAUUUCGUUUUUGUAGAGCUAAUCUUGUUAUUUCUGGAUGUUGACUGUUUAUUUUAUUUUCACUGAGUGAUUUAUCUUAUGUGUCACAAAAGUUUUACAGAUGUUAUCACCAGGGACUGUAAUUCAAGCUGUUGUGUGUAUGAUUGUAAUACUCCUUCAUAACCUCUGCCAUAGCCAUGUAAGCCCUCAAGCCAGAGAGGCCUUUAAUAAUAGCAGCGGAAUCAAGUGGAACCAAACAAAGCUAAACAUGCCCUUAAAAGGCAUCACCACUGCUGGGGCUGCUUGCUCCCUAGUCUGGCAGCACAGAUAGCUGUUCUCUCUCUCAAAAGGAGUGCCUGGCUCUUAGGUUACUCCACAUGCGGAAAACUUAUAUUUUUACAUUUACAUUUUAGUCAUUUAGCAGACGCUCUUAUCCAGAGCGACUUACAUGAGCAAUUAGGGUUAAGUGCCUUGCUCAAGGGCACAUCGACAGAUUUUUCACCUAGUCGGCUCAGGGAUUAGAACCAGCGACCAUUCGGUUACUGGCACAACGCUCUUAACCACUAAGCUACCUGCCGCCCGUAUGUGUACAUCCGUAUGUAUGCCUGUAUGUGUACCUCAUUUGUUCCAGGAUUUACCAUUUGCUGCCUUUGAUUUUGCAUGCCACCUCUUUCAUUAAUCAUCUCUCCCUUCUUAUUUCAUGACUGUAGGAUUUUAAAUGGAAAUUCUCAAUUCUAUGUUUGAUGACUGAGAGGAAUAUUUAGUUUUAUGAUGAAUUCAUUCAUCCUGUCAACUUCCUUCCAGGUCCAUGUGUUGCAACUCGAGGACCAACAUGCUCAUCACUGGGCUAUGAGGACAACAGGGAAGUGCUGGGUAACCUAGUUGUUUAG